CAAAAGACCUGCGGCCUCAGCCCCUUCAAAGAGCCGAGAGAUGACGGGGAAAGCCGGGGAAGCGCUGAGCAAGCCCAAAGCCGAGACAGUGGCCAAGAGUACCUCGGGGGGCGCCCCGGGCAGGUGCACCGGGUUUGGCAUCCAGGAGAUCCUGGGCUUGAACAAGGAGCCCCCCAGCUCCCACCCGCGGGCUCCCCUCGACGGUCUGGCCCCCGGGCACUUGCUGGCUGCGCGCUCCGUGCUCAGUCCCGCAGGAGUGGGCGGUAUGGGGCUACUGGGGCCCGGGGGGCUCCCCGGUUUCUAUGCACAGCCCACCUUCCUGGAAGUGCUGUCCGACCCGCAGAGCGUCCACUUGCAGCCGCUGGGCAGAGCGUCGGGGCCGCUGGACACCAGCCAGACGGCCAGCUCGGAUUCUGAAGAUGUUUCCUCCAGCGACCGAAAAAUGUCCAAAUCGGCUUUAAAUCAGACCAAGAAACGGAAGAAGCGGCGACACAGGACAAUCUUUACCUCCUACCAGCUAGAGGAGCUGGAGAAGGCAUUCAAUGAGGCCCACUACCCAGACGUCUAUGCCCGGGAGAUGUUGGCCAUGAAAACGGAGCUCCCGGAAGACAGGAUACAGGUCUGGUUCCAGAACCGAAGAGCCAAGUGGAGGAAGCGAGAGAAGUGCUGGGGCCGGAGCAGCGUCAUGGCGGAGUACGGCCUCUACGGGGCCAUGGUGCGCCACUCCAUCCCCCUGCCGGAGUCCAUCCUCAAGUCCGCCAAGGAUGGCAUCAUGGACUCCUGCGCCCCGUGGCUGCUGGGGAUGCACAAAAAGUCGCUGGAGGCGGCAGCUGAGUCGGGGAGGAAGCCCGAGGCGGAGCGUCAGGCCCUGCCCAAGCUCGACAAGAUAGAGCCGGAGGAGCGGGGUCCCGACGCCCCGGCCGCCAUGUCCCAGGAGGAACUGAGGGAGAACAGCAUCGCCGCGCUCCGAGCCAGAGCGCAGGAGCACAGCACCAAAGUGCUGGGGACUGUGUCCGGGCCCGACAGCCUGGCCCGGAACGGCGAGGAGCCGGAGCGGGAGGAGGCCCCGGACGAAGACAGGCCAGCGGAGAAGCUGAGUCCGCCGCAGCUCGAGGACAUGGCGUAGGCAAGGGCGCGCAGACACCAGAGCCCCAGGACUCUGCUCGGCUCUGCUCGGGGCCUGUGGUGCUGGGAGGUGUUCUCAGAGGCGGGGCCCAGGCCUGCUCUCUGCCACCCUCCCCCACCCCACAGGCCCUCUGUGACCCCCAGGGGACUUCAGGCACAACUCAGUCCUGGCGGAGGCUUUGGGCCACGCUGAGACAUCCCUACCUAGUCCUGACCUGGCCAGCACCCUCCUCCUCCAACUAACAGACCUGCCUCAGAAGCCUUCUUGCCGCCCCAGACCACCCCCUCAAGCUGCUUUCAACUCAAUCCUUUGGCGGCUCUCCGUGUCCGAAUCCACCCCUUACUCUCUGUUCUCUUGCUCAAUAGCGCCCUCCUUCCCAGCGCCACACCCCCUGUGGACUGUGCUCUGCCCAGACCCAAAGACCGCUGCUGCAAACACACUGGCCGCCACAGCGGCGACACGGAUGGAGGACCUGCACCCCAGUGCCGGUGUCCUGAGCGCCCCAGCCCCCAGCGAAACU